CAUUUGAUCAAUUACAGGCAUGACAUAGUGAUUCAUCGUUCGGAGACACUCAGAAACCUGUUGGCCUAAUUCAUCAUGGGUAUCAGCCACCAGGAACGUAGCAUUCCCUACUUACAGCAUCAUAAGAGUCAUAGUUGGGUCAAGUAAGUAAUUGUCACUAUGAUAGGCCAUGGUAAUUGUUAUGCUUACUUGUCAAUAAUGGAAAAAAAGCUGAGACCUACAACUUCAGUAGCAGAUAAUAAAAUUGGACUCAAUCUGAAGACUUGGCAAGCCCCAUCAUUGAGUUCAUCCGGGAACCAUGGGAUCUAACAUCAUAUUUGCAUAUAGAUUUCUUCAUUGCAGAAUGCUGAGGGCAGGAAGCUUACCCUUAUUGAGGAUGACAUCUUUGGGUCUUCCAUACACUUACACGAGAUUUGCUGCAGCUUCAGCAAUCCAGGUCUUGCAUGUAUCCACUGGUCCCAAUCCAACGAAAUCUCCCAUGCCUUGGUUUUCAUGGCCUGCCAGCUUGAAACCAUGGAAAAAACAGAAGCAGCCAGUGCCAUCAAGAGAUUGUUUUCACCCUGGUGCUUCCAUCAUGUCUCGGGAUUCUGUUGGUAUUGAAGGUGUAUCCAGUGUUACAUCUCAGCAGAUGAUCAAAGCCAUGUUCUCAUACAUCUGGCCAAAGGAUAAACCAGCCAUCCGUCAACGUGUCAUGCUGUCUCUUGGCUUGCUGGUUGCAGCCAAAGUGGUGAAUGUACAAAUUCCCUUCAUCUUCAAGCAUGCAGUAGAUUACCUCAACACUCACACUGGCAGUGUGUUAGGAAUGAUUGACCCACCAUCUGCAGUUCUCACAGUUGCUACAUCCAUACUCAUUGGCUAUGGGAUAGCUCGGGUAUCAGCUGCAGGCAUGAAUGAGCUCCGGAAUGCAGUGUUUGCAAAGGUGGCCCAGAAUUCCAUCCGAAGGGUAGCAAAAAAUGUGUUCCUGCACCUGCAUAACUUGGAUCUGUCUUUCCACCUCAGUCGACAGACUGGAGCCCUAUCAAAAGCCAUUGACAGGGGUUCUAGGGGGAUCAAUUUUGUCCUGUCUGCUCUUGUCUUCAAUGUCGUUCCCACUAUAUUUGAAGUUGGCCUUGUCAGUGCUAUACUGUAUUACAAGUGUGGAGUGGAAUUUGCAGCUGUGACUCUGGGUUGUAUUGGCACAUAUUUUGUGUACACCCUGGCCAUCACUCAGUGGAGGACAAAAUUCCGUGUCAGGAUGAAUCAGGCUGAAAACUCUGCAGGAAAUAAGGCUAUUGACUCCCUCAUCAACUAUGAGACUGUCAAGUACUUCAACAAUGAGAAGUAUGAGGCAGAUGAGUAUGAAAAGGUGCUGAAGACAUAUGAGGAUGCCUCCCUGAAGACAAGCACCAGUCUUGCACUCCUCAAUUUUGGCCAGAAUGCCAUCUUCAGUGUCUCACUCUCAGCUAUCAUGGUCUUAGCUGCAAAGGCUAUCAUGGCUGGAACAAUGACUGUGGGUGACCUGGUGAUGGUGAAUGGGCUGUUGUUUCAGCUCUCCCUCCCCCUAGGAUUCCUGGGGUCUGUCUACCGGGAGGUGCGACAGGCCCUCAUUGACAUGCAAACUGUUUUUGCCCUCCUGAAUGUCCAGACAAGGUUUGAGACAUCUAAGAAUCUGCCUGACCUGGCAGUGAAUCCAGAGACAGCAACAGUGGAAUUCAGGAAUGUCCACUUUUCAUAUGACUCAGCCAAGCCCCUCAUCAAUGGUCUAUCAUUCAAAAUUCCUGCUGGACAGAAGAUUGCCCUUGUAGGUGGGUCUGGAAGUGGGAAGUCAACGCUGGUGAGGCUUCUGUUCAGAUUCUACGACCCCACAAGUGGUGAUAUAUUGAUCAAUGGUCAGAACAUUAAGGACAGGAAUGAACAGAGCAUCCGAAAUGCCAUUGCCAUCGUGCCCCAGGAUGCCGUGUUAUUCCACAACACCAUCUACCAUAAUCUGUCUUAUGGGGACUUGAGCAAGCCAGAGGAAGAGGUUAUACGUGCAUCCCGCAUGGCUGAACUUCAUGAUUACAUUGUCACUUGGCCCAAGCAAUAUGACACUCAGGUAGGAGAGCGAGGGCUGAAGCUGUCAGGUGGGGAGAAACAGCGGGUAGCCAUAGCUAGGGCUAUUCUCAAGGAUUCUCCCAUCCUUAUCUUUGAUGAAGCCACCUCCUCCUUAGAUUCCAUCACUGAGAAGAAAAUCAUGGAAGCACUCCGUCGUGCAACCAAGGGCAGGACAGCCCUUGUGAUAGCACAUCGUCUGUCUACAGUGGUGGAUGCUGACAUGAUCUAUGUGCUAGAUGAGGGUAAAUUGGCAGAGAGUGGGACACACGGUGAACUCCUCAAGAUUCCCAAUGGCAUUUAUGCUGAUCUGUGGAACACACAACAUGAGAUUGCUUCCAAUGACCACUGUUGACAAGAACUAUCAUUCAUCUAGGAAGGACUUCAGCUAUUCAUUAAUGGUAGCAUAUUCUUGUGCUCAUCUUAUUUGUUUGUUGUGGUUUAUUUGUUUUUAGCUCUGUUGGCGAAGGUGAAUUUAAACAAGGUUUUCUGUGUGAUGAUGCAAAACAUUAGGAAUAAUAAAGAAAUCUGCUGGGUAACA